AUGUGCACAGGAAUCUUGAAGGGCUGUUGCUCUGACCUGAAGAAGGGGCAGCGGCAGCAGCAGCAGGAACAACAACAACAAAACAACACUGUGGUGGGUAGGAGCGAGCCCACUCAGCCCUGGCCAAAGAGAGGAGGACUGGAUUUGGAGGGUGGUGGUGAGGAAUUGGGGAGCAUGGACUCUGCACUGGUGCACAUGACCGGCGACAGCGUGUUCCAGCUCAUCAAUGCCUCUUUGAGCUUCCAGUGGGCCGAGCGCUUUUGCAGGACUCAGUUCAGCUUGCUGACAGUGAAGCAGAUGGCGGAGGAUGAGGAGGGGGCUCUGCUGCUGCUGAAGCGCUCCCAGCUGCGGGAGCCCGUCUGGGUGACGGACCCCAACAAACCCCGUGGCGGAGAAUCGGUGCCUGUCUUCACACAGUACGAGGUCCUGCCCACCUUGUCCUUCUCUCUGGAGUCCAAGGAAGGCCACGCUCGCCUGGACACCCUCUUCCCCCCUCUGCAGGCAGUGACGGUGUGCGCGCGCGUGCAGUGGGACCACCGGCACGACCAGGUGUCCACCAUCUUCUCCUACGCCGCCCCCGUCUUCAUCAACGAGUUCCAGCUACGGGGCCGAGCGGACGGCGCAGACCGCAAGGUCCUGCUGGCUCUCAUCGUCCAGGGCCACCACUGCCCGUACAAGGCCUACUUCCCCAAUGAUGGGGACUGGCAUCAGGUGUGCGUCAGCUGGAGGAACAGCGACGGGCUCUGGGCCAUACAUGUGGACGGGCAGAUACGGGAUACGGGGAGCAGGGUGGACACCACGACCCGGGAUAUCCACGGAGCGGGAAUAUUCAUAGUGGGGCAAGAUCAGGAUUCCUUUGGGGGUGACUUCACCGAGCCGUUUGUGGGGAAUGUCACGGAUUUGAACGUGUGGAAUGCGACCCUGGGGGAGGCUCAGAUCCACACGCUGAAGGCCUGCAGGCCUCUGGAAAACCUGGAUGCCGUCUUCAGCUGGAGUAGUCGGAAUUUGACCCUUCACGAGGAUGCAAAGGAAGUACAGGCCAACAUAUACUGUCCAGGGCUGCACAGCCAGAAGCAGAAAGAAGAGUGCGAAGUUCUGGAGGGCUGGUCCUCACACAACACCACACAGUACAGCAGGCAGCCCUGCUCCCAGGCUCUUCCCUUCGUCUGCAGAACCAGCAAAAAGCGUUAUCUAGCCAUGAAGGAGCUGAAGGGGGGCCAGAGUUAUCGACCCAGUCCCUUCAUGAGUCACCUGAUGCAGGUCACAGGGGAUUCACAGGUGAUGGAGGAGCCACAGGCAGCCAUGAGCUGGGACCAGGCCUCUCAGCUCCUGAACAUCUCCCAGCAUGCUCUGAGUGAGACCCAGGAGCCCUUGGAAGCGGCAGACGUGCUGUCUCUCGUGCAGAUCCUGUCUCGCGCUGCCGAGGUGCCGAGCGUGGCCGUGAAUGAGAGCGGAGCAACCGCAGAGCUUCUGAGUCAGCAGUUUAUCACAGUGGCCGACAGCAUCAUCAGCUCUGACAAUGCCCACAUGUGGACAGUGGUGAAAGAGGUGGCCAGUGGGCCGAUGUCUGUGGUGAGAAGCAUUGACCGCAUGGUCUCCAACCUAAACCCACUGCUGAUAGCUGAUAGAGAUAGUGUUCAAAUCCAGAGCAGCAACAUCAAACUACAGGUCCAGCAAAAGAGUCUGGGACAAACAUCUGAGACUUCCAACUUCUGUGGUCCCAACUUGGACAAUAGCACGGGCCUAGACUGCAUCUCCUUGUCAUCUCAGCAAAUGGAGGAACUCCAAAGCAAUGGGUUCAGGAAGGUCACACUGCUGAAUACCUGGUAUGGCUCACUGCAUGAAAUUCUGAACACAGAUGAAAAGAUUAUUACUUUUCCUGAUGUCAGUGAUGGGACACAAAGGUCUCUUGGAACCAUGCUGGGGUCAUCAGUCAUCUCCAGCACAGUCCUGGGGGAUGGACAGCCCAUCAGUAUGCCUGUACGCUUCCAGCUGCAGCACAAAGAACAGAAUCCCACAGGCUUGGUCUAUCAGCCCAUUUGUGCAUUUUGGGAUUUCAACCUCAUGCCAGAGGAUGGAGGAAGCUGGUCUUCUUAUGGCUGUGAGGUCCUCUCCACGCGAGAGGACUCCACCACCUGUUCCUGCAACCACACCACCAACUUUGCCAUUCUUCUACAGAUCUACGAAGUGGAGAGAAAUCCAGAGGAUGAGAAGGCCCUGCAGAUGCUGACCUUCACUGGAUGUGGGGUAUCGCUGUGUGGCCUCAUUCUCACCCUCAUCCUUUUCACUGCAGUCGGAGUGCCCAAAUCGGACCGCACUACUGUCCACAAGAACCUGAUUGUGGCUCUGGCCAUGGGGCAGCUGCUGCUGAUGUUCAGUGACUGGGCCUCGGCAAACCAUGAGGCGUGCAUGCUGGUGACGGCUCUGCUGCAUCUCUUCUUCAUGGCCUCUUUUAGCUGGAUGCUGGUGGAGGGCCUGCUGCUGUGGAGUAAAGUUGUGUCUGUCAACAUCAGCGAGGAGAGACGCAUGCGCUUCUAUUACGCACUGGGCUGGGGUCUGCCUAUUGCAAUAGUCACAGUGACAUUAAUGGUUUCACUCAACAAGUACAAGGCAGAGACACACUGCUGGCUGAACAUUGAAUCCAAUGUAAUAUGGGCCUUUGUUGGGCCUGUUCUCUUUGUGUUGGCGGUGAAUACUGUUGUGCUGUGCCGUGUGGUUAUGGUCACAGUGUCGAGUGCUCGCCGGAGAGCCAAGAUGCUCAGUCCCAGCUGUGCUUCCAAACCUCACACGUUUGACCUCACCUGGGCUGCAACUCGGCCUGUGCUGAUCCUGCUGCCCGUGCUGGGCCUCACCUGGCUGUGUGGGGUCCUUGUGCACACCUCGCCAGCAGUGGCAUACCUGUUCAUCAUACUCAACGCUUUUCAGGGCUUGUAUAUAUUCCUGGUGUAUGCAGUUUACAACAGUGAGGUGCGCAGUGCCAUAAGAAGGAUUCAGGAGAAGAGGAAAGCAUUGUCCUUUACAAACUGUUCUCAGCCCAUCAGCUUCCUGCCGUCCCAGAGGACCCCCGUGUCCUUCUGGGCCCAGAGUCUUCCCUCCCCCUCCAGCCUGGAGAGCAGCGAGGCCUCCUACCCCAACACCAGCACCACCUCCAGCUCGCUCGUCUUCAAGAACGAAAGUUUCAGGAAGGACAGCUUUGUGAGUUUUUCAAUAAGACCAUCUUCUGGAAAUCAAGUAGUUGAGCUGACUGCCUUCAAACCUUCAGGUUGCUGAUGCCCGAACUGUGCUAUUUGCAUAACACAUGGAAUUUGUGGAAAGCUGAAAAGCCUCAUGGGAUGAAGCAAAAAAAGACCAAAACACUGUACUCUCUCUCUGGCUA